AUUUGCCUGCGUUACAGAGCAAAAGUGCUAGUUCAAAAAUAUGAUUUCAGUGCGAGUUUCGCGUGUUCAAAAUGCUUUUCCUGCUCUUAGAUCUUUACUAAGAUCAAGUUCUACUUACUCGCAUAAUACAAAUAUUGAUCAAACUGGAAGUUCUGCUAGACUUUCUCAAUUUUCCAAAGAGCUUGCAUCUGGACCAGGCCUAGAUGAUUUUAUCAUUACAAGUUUGAAAACAGAAAAAUUGAAUUUAGAAUCGAAAAAUACAUUAAAAUCUGAUGAAAAAAGGAGCAAGAAAACACCUUAUCAACGACUUCCAGAAUGGCUCAAAACAAAAGUCCCCGUUGGAGCUAACUUUGCUAGAAUAAAAAGUGAUCUAAGAGGUUUGAAUCUCCAUACGGUUUGUGAAGAAGCAAGAUGUCCAAACAUUGGUGAUUGUUGGGGUGGAGGUGAACAUAAAACUGCUACCGCGACUAUUAUGCUAAUGGGUGAUGAAUGUACAAGAGGCUGUAGAUUUUGUUCCGUAAAAACAAAUAAAACUCCAAAACCUUUAGAUCCAAAUGAACCAGAGAAUGUGGCCCACGCGAUUUCUAAAUGGGGGUUGGACUACGUUGUAUUGACUUCUGUAGAUAGAGAUGAUUUAUCAGAUGGAGGAUCAGAACAUUUUGCAAAUACUGUUCGUUUACUAAAAAAAAAAGCACCACAUAUCCUUAUAGAAUGCCUUACCGGAGAUUUUCAAGGCAAUCUUGAUUGUGUAGCGAAAGUUGCAACUUCUGGUUUAGAUGUCUAUGCACAUAACAUUGAAACAGUUGAGAAUUUGACUUCUCAUGUGAGAGAUCGAAGAGCGACAUUUAGACAAAGCUUGAGCGUAUUAGAGCAUGCAAAAAAAAUAAAACCAAGUUUGAUUACAAAGACCAGUAUAAUGCUUGGUGUCGGUGAAACAGAUGAUGAAGUUUUAGAUGCAAUGAAAGAAUUACGUAAAAUUAAUGUUGACUGCAUUACUUUGGGUCAAUAUAUGAGACCAACAAAAAGACAUAUGAAAGUUCAUGAAUAUAUUGCACCGGAAAAAUUUGAUUAUUGGGCAAAAAUUGGUAAUGAUUUGGGAUUUUUAUAUACUGCAUCAGGACCCUUAGUGAGAAGUAGUUAUAAAGCAGGCGAAUUUUACAUUGGAAAGAUUCUAAAAAGUAGACAAUCAUCCCAUAAUUUAACUUAAUAUUAUAGAAUAUUAAUAUUAGCAUAAUCAGUAAUAUAUAUCACGUAUAAUUCAUUAAUUUCAUAACCUAAUAGCCAUCCAUUUCAGUAGAAAUAAUUUCUUAAUGUAAAGAAAUAAAGAAAUUCU